UUCUGUCUGGAUGAUCAGCAGGCCGUGUGUUUGGUGUGUCGAGACUCCAAACUACACACCGACCACAGCUUCUGUCCAAUAGAUGAAGCCGUGCACAAUAACAAGGAGAAACUCAAAGCUGUACUGGAAAACUUACGGGAGAAGAUGGGAUUAUUUGAUAAUUUUAAACAGACGUUGGAUCAGACUGCUGAUAUUAAUAAGGUUCACACCGAAGAAGCAGAAGAGAAGAUCAAGAUGGAGUUCGAGGAGCUUCGAGAGAUUCUACGCAACGAAGAAGUGGUUAGGAAUAACAGUGCUGCGAGAGGAAGAGAAGCAGAAGAGUCAGAUGAUAAAGGAGAAGACUGGGAAGACCAGCAAACAGAUCGUAUCUCUCAAAUGUGCGAUCAGAGAUGUAGAGCAGCAGAUGAAGACUGAAGAUGAUUCAUUCCUGCAGAACUUUAAGAGCACAUUGCAAAGAUCCCAGUUCAGCCUGCCAGAUCCGGGGAAUGUUGCCGAUUUGCUGAUCAAUACCCAAGAAUACCUGAGUGACCUGAGGCUCACUGUGCUCCAGAAGAUUGACAGCUCCAGGGGGGAGCCCAGUGUGAGGGGGGCCCAGACUAACAGACGGGGCAAUUCCAGAGCGGGGCCCAGUGUCAGGGGGGACCCCACUUUCAGAGGAGGCCAGAAUUUCAGAGGGAACCCCAGCAUCAGGGGGGAUGCCAGUUUUAAGGAGGACCCUACUUCCAGAGGGGGACAACAUUUUAAAAGGGGGCACAACCCUAGAGGGGACCCCAGUUUCAGGGGUAGGCAAAAUUUUAAGGAGGACCACAGUAACAGAGGGGACCCGAGUUUCAGGGGUGGGCAAAAUUUUAAGGAGGACCACAGUAACAGAGGCGACCCCAGCUUCAGGGGGGGACACAAUUUUAGGGAGGACCCGAGUAACAGAGGGGACCCCAGCUUCAGGGGGGGACACAAUUUUAGGGAGGACCCGAGUAACAGAGGGGACCCCAGCUUCAGGGGGGGACACAAUUUUAGGGAGGACCCGAGUAACAGAGGGGACCCCAGCUUCAGGGGGGGACACAAUUUUAGGGAGGACCAGAGUAACAGAGGGGACCCCAGUUUCAGGGGUGGGCAAAAUUUUAGGGAGGACCCGAGUAACAGAGGGGACCCCAGCUUCAGGGGGGGACACAAUUUUAGGGAGGACCAGAGUAACAGAGGGGACCCCAGUUUCAGGGGUGGGCAAAAUUUUAAGGAGGACCACAGUAACAGAGGGGACCCCAGCUUCAGGGGGGGACACAAUUUUAGGGAGGACCCGAGUAACAGAGGGGACCCCAGCUUCAGGGGGGGACACAAUUUUAGGGAGGACCCGAGUAACAGAGGGGACCCCAGCUUCAGGGGGGGACACAAUUUUAGGGAGGACCCGAGUAACAGAGGGGACCCCAGCUUCAGGGGGGGACACAAUUUUAGGGAGGACCCGAGUAACAGAGGGGACCCCAGCUUCAGGGGGCCAAAGCUCCAGAGGGUGCAGAGGAGUUCUAGGGGGCCCCUUGAGGAGGUCACGUUAAGCUUAGCCAGCUGUACCCUCAACCAGCAAUACAACUAUACAAAUGAGUAA